UCCUGUCCUAUGUCACCACCUCAAGAGGAAGAAGUCAUUACAUUCUCCACAUUGCAACAAGACCAACCCUUUGCCUCUGAUACACCAGCUGAUUAGUUCCCUGUGAGGAGAACUUAACAGGAGCGUAGUUAGUUUACAUUGCUGUGUUUGACUUCUCCAGUUUCCGCUCAACCCUCUGCAUCCUGCUGAGAUCCACACGGUCCAGUUAACCAACAUGGGGGCCUAUCUGUACUUGUGAGUCUAUAAAAAAGUGAAAAGCAAUCCGACAAGGAACCACCAAGAACCAAGAAUCAUGCAAGAAACUCAGUUCGGAUGUGUAGAGGUGUCCCAGGAAAGGAGGGUCAUUCAUUUCACUAGUGGAGAGAUCCUGGAUUUAGACAGCGAGGAAGAGGAGGAAGAGGAGAGACCAGUAUUUAGAGACAGUGAACGCAAGGGGAGGUUUUCGUUCAAGAAUCUGGUCAUACGAGUCGGACGGCUGUCACUGCUCACUUGUGACUUCCUGGGUGACAGACUGGCCGGACUGCUCGGGCUGAAAGAUGCCAAAUACCAGUACGCCAUAGACCAGCACCAACGUCAAAAGAAGAUGCUUGGCAGUGAACGCACAGACCAAGGGACCACACCUCUGUCUCCUGAACUCAAUACAAGUCGUUAUGGAGCGACUGAGGACAAUACACAAAUGUACAGAGAAGCUCCUCACCUGGAUAAAGGACGCCUCAACAAGGGAUACCAGGCAGACGAGGCUCACCAGGGAUAGCACUGGAUUACUCACUCUUACACUCACUUACGGACUUACUUAUGGACGUUGAAUACACAUAGACUGUAGAUGUUGUUUUCUAUGUCCACAAGGGGGGUAUUAAUCACAACACAUUCAUUUCCUUUGAAAAUUAACCCAAUGUAGUGGAGAGGAGGACGAUAUGCAGACUUCACUCUUAUUAUAUAUUUAAGACUACAAAAGACAUGGUUGAAGAUUACAGCAGCUUGUAUAACUGAAACAAGUGCUUUGUUGCUGUUUUAUUUCUCAGAAAAUGUUCUGCUUUUGCCUUAAACAUUUGCAGGGUAUUGAAAGUAGACAAUUGAAUGCUAAAUCCUGAGGUAUUGGUUAAUGUUUUAUUUGAAUAAAAUUGUCACAGUUCUGCCUGUUUUCAUGUCUUUUCAGAUAUGCCAAGUUUGUAAAAAAAAUAAAAA